AUGAAGCAUGUACAACAAAUGUUUGGAAGAAUACAAGUUAUUUUCGGACCGAUGUUCUCUGGUAAGACCACUGAACUGAUAAGACGUAUCAAGCGAUUCAACUUUGCCAAUAAGAAGUGUCUACUCAUCAAAUACAGUAAAGAUAUCAGAUACAAUGGUGCUGAAACUGAUAUACUAUAUACACAUGACAAACAAAACUACACUGCAUUACCAUGUUCAAGACUCGAAGAGGUUAAACAACAAGCAUUGGAAUAUGAUGUAAUCGGUGUAGACGAAGGUCAAUUUAUUAAUGUAAUCCUCAAGUUCCCAGAUAUCGUUUCAUUCAGUGAAGAUUUAGCAAACAAUGGAAAGACUGUUAUUGUGGCGGCAUUGGAUGGUACUUUCCAAAGGAAAUCAUUCCCAGCACUCGAAUUAGUUCCCAAAGCAGAAGAAAUAACAAAACUCUCAGCGAUUUGUAUGGUUUGCUAUAGGGAUGCACCAUUCUCAAAGAGAAUCGUACCCAACGAAGAGAUUGAACUCAUUGGUGGUGCCGAUAUGUAUAUCUCUGUAUGUAGAGAAUGUUACCAUAAAGAUACAAAUGUAAAUAAUUUAAAAUCAAGUAAAUAA